AUGGUUUUCGACGAAGAGCCACCAAACAGUCAGAAGAAAUGGACGCAGCAAGCCACCACAUCAGCGUUCGGUUUGAUGGAGUCGUUGCGCGGACAGGGGUCGAGUCUGGCGAAAAAUAUCAAGAAUUUCGGAAAAUCGCUAGUUAAAGAGCACCAGAAGUCGCAAGGAGGCGCGACGACGCCGCCCGAGCACCGCGACGAUGAUAUCCGUCUGACAUGGCUCACAAAUCGUUUGGUGCUCGCCGACACGUUGCACACCUCCAAAGAAGGGCUUCUGAAAGCUGAGCACGCCGUCGUUCGAGAGAUGAUCGAUUGUCAGCCAUAUGUAGUGGUUAAUGUGCAUGCUGAACCCCUAAAACUCGAUGGAUAUGCAAAAUCGGUGCACGUUCCAUUGGGCACUGCUGCGAAAGGAGGUCUUCCCAAGUAUCCAACGAUUCAGGCGUUGAUUCCUAUCCUCAAUGAGUACUGUCUUCUGACCAACGACGCGGCAAUCGUAAUUUUUGGAAGUGAUGAAAAUGUCCAAAUCACUGCGGCCUUCUGUCUCGUCGCGUCUCGUACCAUCUCCCGGGUCUCUGACUUCCUUCGCGACUCCCUUCCAAACCGUUUCGAUCGUCUCCCCAACACAUAUCACCUGUUUCUGGAGCAAACGAAGCACAUCUGCAAACUGCACACCCGUCGUCGACAACCCCUUCAAACGGGCGCCCUCAUCUCCCAAAUCGUUCUGGAGCCGGGCACGUUGCUCAUCGACGGCGAGCUCUACGCGGCGAUUCAGCAGGGUGUGGGUCAGUUGAAAGUGAUCGAGUUCUCGGCGCAAUCGUGUCGGAAUCGACAGGGACAGCUGGUUUUUGGAAUGGAAAAUGUUGAGACGGUGGAUGAUGUCGUCGUUUUUGUGGGGAAAAAGUCGGAUGUGAAGCACCCGAUUCUCGCCGUCAAAUUCAACACACAACUCCUGGAGCCCGAGGACGCGUCGAUCGUGUUCACGCCUUCUGAAAUGGACGUCUCCAAGAUGGUCGCGUCGGCGAUGCCCAUUCAGGAUUUGAGAAUGAUCGUCAACUUCGCCACUCGCCGUAUGCCAACCCUCAACUCCCUUCAAUUCGAUCGCUAUAAGCUUCUAUGUGUCCGAAACGAGCGAGAGCUGGAGGGCUAUCAACGAUCGUAUGGUGACGUGGAUUCUGAAGACGAGUCGCCAAUUCUGAGAAGCGCACGGUCGAAAAGUGGUACUAAACAAGCGACGGAGACCGCUUCCUCGUCGUCUGGAAACUUCUUCGAUUCACUUCAAUUCGCGGAUAGCAACGAGCCAGCACACUAUCGAGAGCAGCGAGAAUCGACGCUUUUGGGGCCCUUCUAUUACAGGUUACAUAGAAAAAUAGAAAAAUCAUAUUUCCAGGACGCCCACGACGAGCAACAACACACCGCCGACCUCCUCGAUGGAUUCCAUUUGGGUGGUGAAGAAAUGUCGUCGCCAGCUGGCGAAACCCCCAUUCUCUCAGCUCCAACACCUGCGAGUUCCGAUUACGACUCGAUGUCGAGCUCACAGAACCGGAAGAACCCGUCACCGGCGCCAGCCAUCGACGAUUUGUUGGGGUUGGGCUCUCAGACAGCCACCACGGCUCCUCCGGCACCCACUCAAAGCUCCAGUAACCUCGUGGAUUUCGAUUUUGGCGCGCCAAUCAAGCCGACGAAUUCGGGAAGCAGCUUGAAUUCUGGAAGCAACAACGCCACGAUGUCAUCAUUCUCGAAUUCGGAUCUGUUGGGAGGAUUCUCACCGUUGAAACCGCAAUCGACAGCGACGCCACCGAAUACGAGGAACCCGUCGGCUGCUAACUCCAAACCAGUGUCCCAAGUGAACUCUCAAGCCGACUUCGAGGCCUUCCUCUCGAACUACCCUGAAAAACAGCAGGCUCCGCCCACCAGCCAACCUCCACCGUACUCGUCGCAGAAGCCUCAACCAACGAAGCCACAAAACUCAUACAAACCAGCGUUCGGUGAGACUCCUGGGACCGCCAAGGUUUCAAUGGACGCCUUUGGGGAUUUGUUGAGCCAAGGGGAUGACAAUAGCUAUCAGGGAGCUAUAGAUGAGCAAUUUAGCCUCAUUGAAGAAUCUAGCAGCCUUCAUAGGAGUGACAAAGAUAACGAUUCGAUGGAUAGUCAUGAGCAAGCUAAUGAACAUUGGGAACAGAUAGGAGAAGGUGAAGAUCAAGGUAACGAGUUAUCCCACAGCUUGUCUGUACACCUCAUAUCCGAUGUUGAGGAAUUCGACAAUUGGCCAGGCCACUACCAUGAACAGUAUGGAGACCUUGGCUUCAAAACAACCCAACGAGACAAUCAGAAGCAGAGCAUUGGCACGAUGCUCAAACAGGAACAAUCGAAGAAUUUGACGCCCGAGGAGAUUAAGAUCCGCGACUGGACCCAAGGAAAAGAGCGUAACAUUCGUGCGCUCCUGGGCUCACUGCACAACGUCCUCUGGGACGGAGCCGAUCGAUGGAAUCAACCGUCGAUGGGUGAUUUGUUGACGCCAGAUCAGAUCAAAAAGCACUACCGAAAAGCGUGCCUGGUGGUGCAUCCCGACAAGCUGACCGGCUCUCCACACUUGCCGCUGGCCAAGAUGGUGUUCACCGAGCUCAACGACGCCUACAGCAAAUAUCAGAAUGAUCCGUCGACUUUAUAA